AGCGCAGCCGCGGCGCGGGCGUGGGCGGGCAGAGGUGAUAGCGAGCGCCGGCGGCUCCAGGUGCGGGGGCGCCCCUCGCGCUCCACCUGCGCCGCCGCCGCCGCCGUAUCUCAGGGCAAGUUUAUCUCCCCCCUUCUGCGGAAACCCUUGACCGCUUAGCGGAGUACAGACCUGUCGGUAAAUAGAAAACUCGAGCUGGAGAGGAGGAGGAAGCAGCGUGGCGGAACCUGGCCCGAGAUGAGCGUCUCCGUGAGGGCAGUGGUGGCCUCUUGGACAUUACAUCUUUCUUGGCUCUUUUUGACCCAGGUGAGCGAAUCCUCUGCUGUGCGGUCCGGUGGGGUCGGCUGGCUCUGCUGCCCGCCCUCUGGACCCGCCGGAGACAGGUGAGCGGAGUUGGGGAGCGUGCAGCCGGGCUCGGGGCAGCGCGGGGCUGGUUCGGCUUCUCGUCUCCAGAGCGCUGAUGCUUCCUGCCCACAUCACCUGCUCUGGCUGAGGGACUGCAGCUCUUUUGGCACCUUCGCUUGCUGCCAGGUUCAACACCCACUGCUUUAGAGGCGUUGGUAGGUUAGUUAAGGCGAGUUCUCCCCUACCCACCCCCAGCUUUGGAUAAUUUGGUCUGAAUCUUCGUCUUAAUUUAGUAUGAGUGUGUUAUUUCCUUCAAGCUUUAUAAUGGUAAAGCAGUGAAGCGGCUUGCUACAUCCAUUUUUUUUUUCAUUCUGUGCCUGUGCACAGAAGGAAUUACAGGCACACAAGUGAUGUUACUACCAUUCUAUUUUAAAUACAAACACGGAAAGAAGUACUCUUGGCAGGAUACCAAAGGCGCCUGUACUCUCUGUUAUAUAAAUGCUUAAAAAAAAUUUGCUCAUUGGUAAAGUUAUGUGUGAUUACCAGAGCACCUAAGAAGAGAGUGUCAUGCUUUUAGUUUACUUGGAGAUAAGCAGUGGUCUUAGCUUGAGGUACCCUUUUAAGAUAAUAUAGGACCCUAUAUUAAAAAAAGUCACUAGGUAUAAUUGUAAAGCAUUAAAAAAUUGGUUUUGUAAAGUCUAUUAUGAAUUGGUGAGAAUUCUUUGACUACUUAUUGAUAAAAAGAUCCUACAUAUAUACUUUCUAGUUUUCAAACUAUUGAAUGAUUUUAUUUUUAUCUCUGAUGGAAACUUAAUAAUUGUGAGUUGCCAGUUAUUAAAGAUGUGUCUCUCUUUCCCUUCCCUUUCCCCAGGCCCCAAAACCAGUACUCACAAUGUUAUGGCUAUUUUUUUCAGGUAAAAAUACAAAAGUAGAAAACAUCAGAUACGCUGAUGGCUGGGAACAGCCCUUGUCCCUCCUCCACCCAGUAUUCUGUUCUAAUUGGUCUGGGCUGAUACCGUGAUACCUGUAAUGUUAAAAAGCUUUCCUGGUGAUUCUAACGUGUAGCCAGGGGUGAGACCCAUUGUGGAGCAUUGUAUUGUCACUUUUUGUAGCCUAUGGUGUUGCUGCAGUGGUUUAAGGUAAGUCAAAAAUACGUUGUUGGAAACAUGGGAAGGAAAAAAUGGUAUUGGAAAGGGGACACAUCAGAGAAUUACAGCAUGUAGACUUUUGUGUUUUGUCUAAAUGCUCUUUCUUGAUUUUCCUGCGAAGAGUAGUUGAUGUUUAUCAGGGACCCAUAAUUCCAUGUAGAAUACUUAUGGGAAUCUUAAGUGAUAUAUUUCAUUUGCAGAAGUACCAAUGAAAGUUUAGUAGUAGUGGCAGGAUAUUCCUUUAUGUUUACACGGUAAAGUAAGUCAUAGGAAAGAUUAUUUUCCAUAUCAAAUUAAAAACUUUUACUACAAACUAGUAAAUUAAGUGCAAAAAUUUUUUAUUGUUUUUAAGGUCAGGAAGAAACCUGGCCUCUGAGUCAAUGUUUUCUGUCUACCUUAUGUAAUCCGAAAUAUCCAAAUCUAGGAGCAGAUCUUAUGGAUGGUUUAUGAAGGCUUAUGUAAGAGCUAUGACUGUGCUUUUGGUACUCCAUUAAACUCCCUGUUUGGGCUAUUACAUAAUUGACACGGAACUAGACUGUUAAAGCCAAAAUCCAGGAGGAUGCCGAAACCCACUCCGGCAUACGCACUUCUAUAAUGAAUUGCUGUUGCCAAAUUGGAGGGAACAGCAGGGAUGGUGGUUUGUGAAAGAGAGGUUUCCACAGCUGGAUUGUUUACUAGGGCCAAUUGUCACCAAUGGCAGUAAAACUCAUUUUCUGGGGAGCAGGAUGGCAAAACUGAGGCACAGAUAGAUCAAGUAACCAGCUCAAGUGCAUCCAGCUGGUCUCAUGGACUGAUUGGCUCUCAUUCAGCAGGAACCUAACAGAUAAGUCUUCCUGCUGUAUAUCAAGACAAUGCUUGGUUUUCAAGCUGUUCUGAGAAUGAUUAAAGCAGUGUCGCAAGGUGACAUUGUCAGGGGAGAACAAGCAGCUUGAGAAUUUCCUCUUAAUCUGAUUGCAGCUUGAAGGCAGCCCAUUUCCAUUAAGUAGGACUGCAUGGCAAGCAGCCCCACCAAAGGAUUGACAAUGAGCGUCCCAGUGGCUCCUAAGAAAUCAUGUUACACUCAGCUGCGGGACAACAGAAAUGCAGCAAGAAAUAAUAAUGAGAGCAUCUUAAGUCUGGGAGAUACGAAUGCCAAUCAAAUCAUGUUGGAGGUCAGCUCCUCUCAUGACGAGUCCAAGACAUGUGACCUGGGAGAUGAAAUUGGAAAUACAAAUUCAAGUGAGCCAGAAAACCGUACCCAUUUCCAUAAGGAAUUUCACCAACUUCAGGGCUUUGGGAAAGGCUCUCAGGCUGGCUCUGCCAGCCUGAAAGAUUUUAGACUUUCUUCAGCCAUUCAGAGGGAACUCAAUGAAGAGCACACAGUGGAGAGAGGCACAGAUAGCCUGCAGACCCCGUGGAGUAUUCAGGGACCAAGUCUGUCGAGUUGGAGGAAUGUGAUGGGUGAGGCCAGUCUAGACGUUUUGGCUAAAAGGGAUGCUGAAAUUCCCCGGCAUGUUCCCAAGGAUAAAUUGGCAAAGACCCUCGACAAUGAGGAACUGAGGAGGCAUUCUUUGGAAAGAGCAAGCAGCUCUGUAGCUGCAGUCGGGAGCCUGACUCCGCAGCAUCCACAGCCUCUAUCCCUCGACUCCCGGGAAGCAUGGGGUCAGGUACCUGGGGGUGGGGAGGGGCCACAGAAGACAUUGCCAGACCACGCUGUCCCGGCAGCUUUCCCUGCAACUGACAGUACCUCAGAGGGAAAGAGUGUGCGUCAUCCUAAACCAUCUACCUCAGAAAGCAAGCAGAGCACUCCCUCAGAGACCCAAACAGUGGGGGCACAUGUACUGCAGGUGUGCAGUGAGCACACAUCACAUUCUGCCCAUCCAGAGCCUGCUCUGAAUUUGACUUUGGCAUUGAAGGAAAUCCCGAGUAAGCCGGAAGCACAAUUAGGUCAGGGAAAGGGAGAGGCCAAGCUGGAUCUGAAAUAUGUUCCUCCCAGGAGGGUUGAACAGGAGGGAAAGGCAGCCCAGGAAGGGUAUCUGGGAUGCCACAAGGAAGAGAACCUGUCAGCCUUGGAGGGAAGGGAUCCAUGUGGGGAAGCACACCUGGAAGCCACCGAUGCACUUGGCCAUCUGCUGAACAGUGACCUCCACCACCUUGGGGUGGGAAGAGGCAACUGUGAAGAGAAGAGAGGAGUCAACCCAGGGGAGCAGGAUUCUCUCCACACUACCCCCAAACAGGGCUCUGCUUCCUUAGGAGGGGCUGAUAAUCAGCCCACUGGCAAAAUUUCACCAUGUGCAGGUGGGAAGUUGGGUGAAAGGACAUCCAGCAGCUUUUCACCAGCUGACAGUCAUGUGGCUUUUAUUCCUAAUAAUCUGACUGACAGCAAGCCCUUGGAUGUCAUUGAGGAGGAAAGGCGGUUGGGCAGUGGGAAUAAGGACAGUGUUAUGGUUUUGGCGUUCAAUCCUUCUGUUGGAGAGAACAAGAUGGAGGUGCCUGAGCCCCUGGACCCUCAAAGUGGCCGCUCAGAAGCACGGGAAAGCAAAGAGGUCACCACAUCUGUUGCUGAAAACAGGAACCUUCUAGAGAAUGCGGAUAAGAUUGAAAGCACCUCAGCAAGAGCAGAUUCAGUUCUCAAUAUUCCAGCACCCCUCCACCCAGAGACAACUGUGAACAUGACCCACCAGCCUACAACACCCAGUAGCAGUUUUCAAGAUGUUAGCGUGUUCGGUAUGGAUGCGGGGUCCCCCUUGGUGGUUCCACCCCCUACUGAUAGUGCACGCUUGUUGAACACGUCCCCCAAAGUGCCUGACAAGAACACCUGCCCCAGUGGGAUCCCCAAGCCUGUCUUCACACAUUCCAAGGACACACCUUCCUCGCAGGAGGGAAUGGAGAACUAUCAGGUGGAAAAAACAGAGGAGAGGACAGAAACCAAGCCCAUCAUUAUGCCCAAGCCCAAGCAUGUGAGGCCCAAGAUCAUCACCUACAUCAGGAGGAAUCCCCAGGCCCUGGGCCAGGUGGAUGCCUCGCUGGUUCCAGUGGGGCUUCCAUAUGCCCCACCCACGUGUACCAUGCCUCUUCCUCACGAAGAGAAGGCAGCAGGUGGUGACCUGAAGCCAUCUGCCAACCUCUAUGAGAAAUUCAAGCCAGACCUGCAGAAGCCAAGGGUCUUCAGUUCCGGAUUGAUGGUGUCUGGAAUCAAGCCCCCAGGACAUCCUUUCAGUCAAAUGAGUGAAAAGUUUUUGCAGGAGGUUACAGACCACCCUGGAAAAGAAGAGUUUUGUUCUCCUCCCUAUGCUCAUUAUGAAGUCCCUCCAACUUUCUAUCGGUCAGCCAUGCUCCUUAAGCCCCAGCUAGGAUUGGGUGCAAUGUCCCGUUUACCAUCUGCAAAGAGCAGGAUUCUGAUUGCAAGUCAGAGGUCUUCAGCGAGCGCCAUCCACCCACCAGGACCCAUAACAACAGCCACCAGUCUCUACAGUUCCGAUCCUUCAGGUGUGCAUGCUCUCAGUGGGACAUGGUUUAACUACAGUGGUUCCCUUGGAGAUCUUUCAGCAGAUUUAAAGAAAGCUUCCAGUUCAAAUGCUGCAAAAUCCAAUCUCCCGAAAUCUGGUCUCCGUCCUCCCGGAUACUCACGUCUCCCGGCAGCCAAACUGGCGGCAUUUGGCUUUGUCCGGAGCUCCAGCGUCUCCUCAGUCUCCAGCACCCAGUCCGGGGACAGUGCACAGCCAGAGCAGGGCCGGCCAGCCACCCGUUCAACCUUUGGGAAUGAAGAACAGCCAGUUCUGAAGGCAUCUCUGCCUUCUAAGGACACACCCAAGGGAGCCGGCCGGGUGGCCCCUCCAGCAUCCUCCAGUGUGACAGCACCCCGCAGGAGUUUACUUCCAGCGCCAAAAUCCACUUCCACACCUGCUGGAACAAAGAAAGAUGCUCAGAAAGAUCAAGAUACAAAUAAACCUGCUGUUUCAUCUCCUAAGAGAGUAGCAGCUUCAACCACCAAGCUUCAUUCACCAGGAUACCCAAAGCAGAGGACUGCGGCAGCUCGAAAUGGGUUUCCGCCCAAGCCGGACCCGCAGGCCCGUGAGGCUGAGCGGCAGCUGGUGCUGCGGCUGAAGGAGCGGUGUGAGCGGCAGACCAGACAGCUGGGCGUUGCGCAAGGGGAGCUGAAGAGGGCCAUCUGCGGCUUUGAUGCCCUCGCCGUGGCCACGCAGCAUUUCUUUAGAAAGAAUGAAAGUGCCCUUGUGAAAGAAAAAGAGCUGUCAAUCGAACUUGCAAACAUCAGGGAUGAAGUUGCCUUCCAUACAGCAAAGUGCGAGAAACUACAAAAGGAGAAGGAGGAGCUGGAGAGGCGGUUCGAGGACGAGGUGAAGAGGCUGGGCUGGCAGCAGCAGGCCGAGCUCCAGGAGCUGGAGGAGCGGCUGCAGCUGCAAUUCGAGGCGGAAAUGGCGCGCCUGCAGGAGGAGCACGGUGACCAGCUGCUGAGCAUCCGGUGUCAACAUCAGGAGCAGGUGGAAGAUCUCACCGCCAGCCAUGAUGCUGCUCUCCUAGAGAUGGAAAAUAACCACACAGUUGCCAUCACAAUCCUGCAGGAUGACCACGACCACAAAGUCCAAGAAUUGAUGUCCACUCAUGAGCUUGAAAAGAAAGAAUUGGAAGAAAAUUUUGAAAAACUGCGGCUGUCAUUGCAGGACCAGGUGGACACGCUGACCUUCCAGAGCCAGUCUCUGCGGGACAGAGCCCGCCGCUUCGAAGAGGCCUUGAGGAAGAACACAGAGGAGCAGCUGGAGAUUGCAUUGGCUCCUUAUCAGCACUUGGAAGAAGACAUGAAGAGUCUGAAGCAGGUAUUAGAGAUGAAGAAUCAGCAAAUACACGAGCAAGAAAAGAAGAUUCUUGAGCUAGAAAAGCUGGCAGAAAAGAACAUUAUCCUAGAAGAAAAGAUCCAGGUUCUCCAACAGCAGAACGAAGACCUCAAAGCAAGGAUUGACCAAAACACAGUUGUCACCAGACAGCUGUCGGAGGAAAAUGCUAACCUCCAGGAAUAUGUUGAGAAGGAAACCCAGGAGAAGAAGAGAUUGAGCCGAACCAAUGAAGAGCUGCUUUGGAAGCUCCAAACUGGGGACCCGACCAGUCCGAUUAAACUCUCGCCCACAUCUCCCGUUUACCGCGGCUCCUCCUCGGGGCCCUCCUCUCCGGCCAGAGUCAGCACAACACCCAGAUGACGCCACUACACGGCCUGCGGGAGCUCCGGCUUCUCGUCCUCCGGUCUCCACCCUGAGGGAGCACUGACCCGCUGUCGCCGGAGCUGGCCCUGUGCGCAUGCUCAGUAGCUGCGAAUGCAUCCUAGGCGCGUCCUCCUCUGAUCCCCAUGUAAGACUGCCCUGGUGUCGGCACUUAGGAAUGUGUAAAUGGUAAAGUCUGAUGUGCAAACGUUUUACCAUAGUUAGAGCCAAAAGAAAGACACUUGCAAUUGUUCUUGAGCAAUGAACUUUCACUGCAGAAUUUCAGGUUAGUUACAAAAAGCUCAGUUUUCAAUAUGCAUUGAAUAAUCAUUGUGUACUGCACCGAUAUGUGUGUAUAUUUAGAUAUACGUAUAUACACAUGCUGCGGUUCUGAAUUUCAUUUUUUAUAACAUGAAGUGCUGACAUAUUUUAGUGAAGGUCAGCAGUUUUCUAACUUGUGCCUAAGAAUUAUUGGGAAAUGAAAAUGCAUUUCUAUCUCGCUUCCCAGGAAUAUUUCUACCCAAAAUAGAAAAAGGAAAAAAAAAAAAGAUACAGAGAAGAAGCGCCUUUCAACUCACCACCAAGUGGUACUCUCUUUAACACGAACACCAGCUAUUUGUGAACGGUAACUGCCUUUGGAACAAUCAGCUUCUUAGUCAACAUGAUGUGAGAUCACUAUUAUUCCAUUCGCAAGUUUUAAUUAUUGAUACUCCUGUCAUGAGCAGAUAAGGGAGAGCAGUGGGAAACCCUAAGGGGGUUUAGCAGUUUUGCAGAUGUUACCCAUGACAGUGACUCAUCUCUAAUAGUCUUGUAAACACAAGUUUUGCUUUUUUCCUAAAUGGCAUCUCAGACUCCGUCAUUAAGCUAUUGUUGCACCCUCCGGAAAACAUGGCAGAGCAUGACCUUUGAGUAAGAGUGAGGAUGACCUUGCAGAUGACUGUGCCCAUUCGCGCUCCAUCCUCAUGAAGGAAAUUGCUGCCAAGGUCUGUAUUUUGACCAGGCACAGAGGGGGAACAUCACUCCAGCUUUCCAUGUGGUUCACUCUGAUGCGAUGCUGUAAAUGAUCAACUCUUUGAAAUAGGACCCUCAGGCCCCCAUUUCAUAGCAGCCCCCCUUCAGUUUGGUUCUACAACUCAACCCCUUCACUGCGCAUUGAGAUGGCUCAGGAGUUCUAGCAGGGGCUUCCAGAAAAAAAACACCAUUUCUGUCCCGGGGGACCAGUUCUGAGCUGUGCUAGAUCAUCACACGACCACCCAGAAACCCACUUCCACUUCCUGCUGGAUGAUCAGGCAACGCUGCUGCUGACCGUGCUCCCAUCUUACACCCAGAAGGUUCUCCCAAACAGAGGAGCCCAGUGAAACAGCCAGCCAGGGGGCACCAGCUCCUGGACUGGCAUCUGUCUCUAAAAUGGUAGAAUUAGGAUAUGAACAGUACUCAUGUAGUGGUGUGGAAGAUUAGGAGCAUGAUACACAAAAGGAAGAAGUAGUUUUAACAGAUAUGGUGAUGAUGAUGAUGCCCUUGUUUCCUGUAUGUGACAAAGACCCUGCACUUUCUCCCUGAGACCCCCCCAAAAUUGUCCUGAGCACAGGCCUGUCUUUGAGUGUGCCCAAGGUGAGAAGAACCAUGAGGGGGUCCUGCAGGGGCCGGAGCCAUGGAACAGGGAAGAAAACAGCCCGCGGACGGGGUUGGCUUGUCCAGGGCACGCCUGCUUGGCACACGUGUUGCCAACGUGAAGGCAGACAUGGUCCCUGGCCCUAGGAUGAGUCCACGCUGGGCUUCCGGGCCUCAGGUGCAUCUCCAGCCAACCUCCAAGGGUCUUGCUCCUUCUGGGGACGUACACAGUAUAUCCACAUGGAAACACCACCAUUUCUCUUUGCUUUAGUGGCUCUGCAUGAUACUGUGAUAUUGAGUUGGGCAUUCCAUUAGAGUAGAUCAUGCCACAUUUACUAAAUACACAAGUAUUUAUUCUAGUAGCAGGCACAACCUGCAAACACAAAUUCAGUUACAGCUUAGCUGUCCGAAUUAGGAACCGCUUACAUAGCCGCACCUGCUAAAUGCAGUUACACAGCAAUACUGACUUCCGUGUGAUGCUAGAACGUGGUACAGUGUAUUAGGCUGCUGUGGUCAGAGUUGUAGCAUUGUUAGCACUAAGUAAUUCCUCAUUAGGUGGACUUCGGUGAGAGCUUUGCCCUAACCUGCCCUGACCUUGGGUACUUGAGCUAAUUUCCACGUGGCCCUGGCUUCGUGGUUUGUUUUUUUUUUU